AUGAAGCUCACUACCGUUCUACUCUCACUUGCCCUCUCUGCCGCUUCUUGCUCCGCUGUGUGUAACUGCCUCGCGACUGAUCAGACAUGCCUUAACAAGUGUGUUACGGACGGCAAUAACUGUGUCACAGCUUGUAAAGAGAACACGGUGUGCUACCAGAAUUGUAUCGGUAACAACUGGCCUUCUGCUGGAAUAACAACUGGAUCAUGGUCUCAGCCAAUUGCUACACCCCUUCCUUCUGCCAGUCCAACCCAGGUCAACACACCAAGUCCCCCUCACCCCUCUGGUUCGACUGUAUCCCAAGCUCCACCUUCCUCCCUGCCGCCUGUGGGUGCCAAAGUAGCCACACCAUCCAACAAUGUGCUGGCUAAUACCAAAACCAGCACACCUUCUUCAAAUGGCCUUCGCCAAGACACAAACUGGGCUCUGUGGGGAUCUCUCGCCGUGUCUGGUCUCUGGUGGCUUACUAGCCAGUAA